GCGGAGCUUGUGGAGGAAGAUGGCGGCCACUUGGGGGUUGUCCCUAACGGCCGCGGCGCUGAGAGCAGUCACCCCGUGGCCAAGGGGCAGCAGGCUCCUCGCGGCCUCCUACAGACCUAAGGCGCUUCGGGAAGCGUCGUCCUCCAGCCCCGAGACUGAUGAAGGCCAGAUCCACCUCACCGACAGCUGCGUCCAGAGGCUUCUGGAAAUCACCGAAGGGUCAGAAUUCCUCAGGCUGGAGGUGGAGGGAGGUGGAUGCUCCGGAUUCCAGUACAAAUUUUCCCUGGAUACAGUUAUCAACCCCGACGACAGGGUAUUUGAACAGGGUGGGGCAAGAGUGGUGGUUGACUCUGAUAGCUUGGCCUUCGUGAAAGGGGCCCAGGUGGACUUCAGCCAAGAACUGAUCCGAAGCUCAUUUCAAGUGCUGAACAAUCCUCAAGCGCAGCAAGGCUGCUCCUGUGGGUCAUCCUUCUCUGUCAAACUUUGAUGCAAUAACAGGUGACCCAGAGAUUGCUACCAUUUGUACUAAUUUGAGGAACCUGGGAUUAGUAGAAUUCGAGAGGUUUCCUUCCGAUCAUGUUCCUCUCUCAAUUGUAUUUCCUUCAAUCCAGGAGUGUUAUAUUUUGCCACUAUUAUUUUCAGAAUAUGAAGCUUUUACUUUUAAUUUCUCCUGUACAAUUCUAAGUCCAAGCCUCUAGAUGCUGUUCCCUAAGAUUUAAUAACUGGUUGUAACCCAGUAUAACCUGUAGAGCCUCCAAGGUCCCAAAAUUUGGAAUUACUUCUCUGGCCUUCAGAGCUGCUUGUACAUAUGUGUAAAACUAUGUAUAAAACCUUCAUUUUAAAGAAAGUCAUUGUGUUUUGGAUCAGGGUCACAGAUUGGGUAGCUUAAACACUGGUUACUAGGCCAGAGAGGAUGAGAAAGGCAAAUGAAAUGUUCUCUUUUUCAUCUUACCCUUCCUAAAUACGCUAGUUGACUUAUCCUUAUUUUCUAUGCAGCCCAUUCUGCACUUCCCAUUUGUUAGGGCAAAUACAUUUUCCUCUCAUACUUGUGAGUCUGCUAGAUUCACAAAACCAAUAGCGCAUCACCCAGAAAACUUGGAUCUAACCCCUACUGAUAACUGAAUGAUGUGAAAAAUAGCCUCCAUACUCACAUAGACAUUUCAAGAUUCAGUGAUCAUUUGGUGAUUGAAUCUUUUUAUGAUAUGUUGCUUCACUUACCUUACAGUGUAAAAUGUCUCUGGUCUCAUGCAUUGCAGGAAGUGGUCCCUUUGUUGGUAUAGAUAAUAGGUACUUAGAGAUUUUCUUUUAGGUUGGAUUAUCAGAUAAAAUGCAGGAUGCUCAGUUAAAUUUGAAUUUCGGAUAAAUAACAAAUAACUUUUAGUAUAAGUGUAUCUGAAAUAUUGCAUGAGACAUACUUAUACUAAAAAUUAUUUAUCUGAAAUUCAGAUUUGACUGGGCUUCUUGUAUUAUUAUUUGUUUAACCUGGCAACCCUACUUUAGGGUUACUGAAAAAAAAGCUUUUUAAGCCACAAAUUCCAAUGAAUUUUAAAGUACUUGCUUGGGUAUGGCACUGAAAUAGGCUACAGAGCUAGAAAUAGUCACGAUAUGUUUAUGACAGUGCUGAGGGAGCCAGAACUGCAUGGACAGACAACUGAAAAAAGACAAAAACACCUCCACCACAACAAAUGAUUUAUUAAUAUUGGGGAAACCACAACCAAGUUGAUUCUGGAAGAAUUAUUGGCUAAGCCCAUCUUUUCCUCAAGAGCCUAAAAGUUUGUUACAGCAGAAACUUGCAUUUCUGGACUGGAUUGGAACAUUUCUAGACUGGAUUGGAAUUAAGCUUGUUCAGUGAAAGAAUUUAAUUUAAAAAAAUGGAAAUACAGAGUUUAGAGACAGAAAAUAUCUGAGACAAACUUAGAUACUUAACAUUUUCAGUAUGGGAAAACCUAGGACUUAGAGUAAACAAACCCAUCCUGUGUGUAGUAUGUACAAAGAGGAAAAAGGGGGACACUCAGGAACCUGAGCAGAUUUAGCAGAUUUCCAUGGAACGAGGCAGAAAGCAACAUACCAUGGAAGGGUCUGUGUGUAACUUUACUAAGACGUUGAAAGUUGCUGCCAAUACCUGGGCCUAAUAAGAUUUUCAACUCAGCCUAAGUCCUUCCAUCCUCCUUAAAAAGAGAUUUUGCUACGUUUUAGGUGUUAGAACCUAUUCUUCCAGAAUAUUUUUGUGGAUUCUACAUUGAUUUGGGAUUUUAAAACUCAUACUGAGCACAAGCAUAAGAGCUUUAGUUGCUCAAUAAACCAUUAAAUUGCAGUAGUCAGUUAAGCAGAAAUAGGGUCCCUUCGAAUGCCUAUAUGUAAGUACCUACUGUUAAUAGAAGAAUUGGAAUUUUGUGUUUAGAAAGGAUGGAAUUAGGAGAAAUCACCUUACUUCAUCGCACUGAGAAAGCUUCAUGGGGAAACCUGAAAUGGUAACAAGAAGUCUCUGUUGAAGGGAGGUGAUGUAAAUUUUAAGAACACAGGGACUGGGGAAAUGAUAGCAUCAACAGGACAGUGGGCAGUUUGCUUGGAAUAAACGUUAAGCAUAGUAAAACAGCUUUAGGAUCUUUUACAGGCCCUUUCUGACCAGAUGCCCUCUUCCUGGCAGGCCGUAAAAGUCAGCAGAUAUUUUCACAAAUUUUGCUCACUGUGCAGAUUCAUUUAGGAGAACUUAUACUCUUCCAGUAUCAAUUGGAAGAUUUUUUUUUGCCUCUGUUACUUCCUAGGGGAGGUUAUCAAGGCGCUAUUUGUUGCAGAAUUGGUUUUAUUUAACUGCAUCUGCAAGCUGGUGAGUGCCUGGGGCAGCAUGCCCCACCUCUGCUUUAGCAAAACCUGAUAGUGCAAGAACCAGAGGCCAGGGAGCCCUGAAUCUGCUGUAUGUUGUAUGUUAUCUUCUUGUGGAAUCACACUCUUCAGUUAAGUGCUUGAGAGUGACUAGUGACACAUAAACUGUGUUCCACCCAUCCUGAGUUUCUUUGUGUCGGCAUGUUGCCUGAUGACGAGGGAUUAGGAGAAAAUAGUUUCAGAGGUAAGAGAUUAGGAAGGACUACUAGUUGGUGUCCAAAAACACUCUUCUUUCUCUAACUUUCUUCUGAGAGUUGAGCUCUAUUCUUUUCGUCUUUUGUUAGAGAGCACCCAAGUACAGGGUUGACAUUUGGCAGGAGCAUCCUAUAUAGAGAAGUGAGCAGCACUGGUCAUCAUGGUGUAGCCCUCCCUUGAACUCUGGCCAUGAGCUGAUGUCAUGCAGUGAGCAGGGCCUAACACUGUCCGAUGCAACAUUACUAUGGUUUUGCAUGUUUGUCUCAAAGGCAGGAAGCUCCUCUACUUUUCUAGGUAUCUAACAUUGAUGUUUAUGAUUGCUCUUUUAAAAUCCUUGUUUGCCAUUUCUCCACAGAAGUGCCACAGGGCUGCUUAAAGGAAGUUUGCUUUAGAAAUUUUGAAAUAUCAUCUGGCUUUCAUUGUAAAAUAUGUCAGAUAAAUAUAUAAAGAGGGAACAUUUAAGCAGUCUAUGGCCAGCAGCUGUAUUUAAAAAUAUUUUAU